AUGGUUUAUUCUCCAUUGGAUACUCAACAAUAUUUGAGAUUUGCUGGUGGGAGAGCAAUUGAGAAUAUGAAGGGAACUCUACGACAUUAUGGAUAUUCGAGGGAUAUGCAUUCGAUUGUGGAAGAUGUGGAAACUAAUUUAGUAUUUCCAUUAAAUAGAAUAUUGGAGAGACAUCAAUUGAUUAGUUCUCACUAUGAAAUGUAUUUUAAAAUGUUGCUAAAUUCAUUAAUAUUUAUUGCAAUCAUUACUUUGGGAUGUGGAUUGGUGUUCUUUCCAUGUUUGUUACUAAUUCAAUAUUUACAUUGGAAACAUGUGAAAAAUUAUGAUAAGAAUGUGAAAGAGAGAAUCCACAGAAUUUUAGAAAGAGAAAAUAAGAAGUAUCUUCCUUAUGGUUUCGAAUGGAUUAUCAAAUAUAGCAUAAUCAAUUCUGACAAGAAGAGGACAUGUGUAGGAAUAAGGACAGAAUUGGCAUGUGUCCAAGAGGUUGUUCUUUCGCUCAUCCAUGUUCGAUCUAAUCCCUUCUCUUCCAAAAUAGGGUCACCUCCAUUGUCAAGUUUCAGCUCUGUAAUUUCAUCUUCUUCAAGCAUUGUGAAGGAAACACCAUCGUCAAUUAAUGGAAAUCCUGCUCUUUCAGAAGAAACCACUCCUUCAACAAGUAAUCAACUUUAA